AUGGAUCUCAAGCAACGACUUACAAACUCAACCUCAAGUUCCAGUGGCUCUUUAUUGUCUACCCGCAGCUGGCUCUCGGGAGGCGGCGAGUCUAACACAAGUGAUGAUGAGAUAGGGCCCUUGGGAUUAAAUACUCUAUCGAUCCCAUCAACCGGUUUUGCGAACGCUGAUUUAAUCUUCGUACAUGGUCUUGGGGGAGGCUCACAAAAGACGUGGAUGAAGUCAGGUGAUCGAUCAUUGUAUUGGCCAAAGGAGUGGCUACCAGGCCAAGAAGCUUUCAAAGAUGUUAGGAUCCAUAGCUUUGGAUACGAUUCAAAUUGGGGGAAAAAGAGUAUCCUCAGCAUCUACGAUUUCGCAAACGCUUUGCUCAACUGUAUACUGGAUUGCCCCACCAUCCCUCAGAAUACUAAGGCUCCUAUUGUGUUAGUCGGCCAUAGUAUGGGUGGUCUCGUAAUAAAGCAAGCAUAUAUCUCCGCGAAAAAAAGCACAAAAUAUGCAGCUCUAGCAACACGCAUACAAGGUGCACUCUUCCUGGCUACACCGCACCGAGGUUCAGACCUAGCCCAAGUACUCUCAAAGCUUCUCCACCUGGUGGGUGGAAAUAGACCAUUUGUGGCUGAUCUAACACGAGACUCGUUAGCUCUUCGAUCGAUAAAUGAUGAAUUCCCAGACCUGUGCCAGGAUAUUCUACUGUAUUCGUUCUAUGAGACAGUUCCAACUAGUUUUGCGAUAAAAAAGAGUCUUGUCGUUGAGAGAGACCUGGCAAUAAUGGGAUACGCAAAUGAACGAAGGGAUUAUUUAUAUGCUGAUCACCGGAAUGUCUGUAAGUACGAUAGUCGAAACGAUCCUAACUAUCUGGCAGUGAGAAACGCCCUCGUCUCAACCUUGGCUAUUUUACGUGAUCGGUUUAACUCGUCCAAAAAGAAAGUAAACAAUGAACGCCGACAAUUGCUCGAUACCCUUUUGAGUGUGUCAGAGGGGCCUGAGGACGACUUCAUGAGCGCCGAUAGUCAUCGAAUGGAUGGCUCCGUCGAGUGGUUGAUCAGGAAGGAGAACUUCCAGGAAUGGAUCCACUAUGAUAAUCCGCCAAUAUACUCCAUUACCGCAAAGCCUGCUACAGGCAAGACAGUCUUGAGCGGAAAAGUUAUCACGACUCUUAGAACGCUUGGUAAGCGAUGCAGCUUCCAUUUUUUUCGACACGAUACGAAAGAGAAAUCGAAUAUCGUUUCCUUUCUCUUAUCAAUGGCAUGGCAGAUGGCAUACUCUGAUGAAGGAAUCAUGAACAAAUGCCUCGAAAUUCUCGAGAAAGACGAUCAUUUGAAGGCUGAUUAUCGUGCCCUUUGGCGGAAACUAUUCUUGGACGGAAUUUUCAAGGUUCAAUGUGAACAAAUUCACUAUUGGGUCAUUGAUGCCCUAGAUGAAUGCCAGAAUGAGGCAGACAUUAUCUUGUUGCUUAUCAAAACAGCUGAGGUCUCCUCGCUACAUAUUCUGACAACUUCAAGGAAUAAAUUUGAGUCUCGUCAAAAGCUGGGAGACUCUAGAGUCCGGGUACUCUCCGAAGGAAUCCUCCAGGAAGAUAGCAAGUCAGAUAUAAUGAUGUAUGUUGAGGCAAAUGUGGAUGAUCUUCCUGCGGUGGGUGAGGAUGGCAAACAGUCUAUUGCCUAUCAGAUAGUCGAGAAGUCAAAUGGUUGUUUUCUUUGGGUUAGUAUAGUUGUUCAAGAGCUUAGGAACGUAUACACAUCCACAGAUCAGCAAAAGAUUCUGGACGAAAUCCCAACGGAUAUGAAUGAAUUGUAUGCCCGUAUAUUGAACACGAUGUCAAAAGCUGCGUACGGAAAAGAGCUUGCAAAAGCUAUUAUAAUAUGGACAGUCUGCUCUAUUCGUCCACUGAAAAUUCCUGAGCUUCACGCAGCCCUUCAGCUAGACCUCAAAACAUCAAUAGAUAGUCUCGAAAAGUCCAUACGAUCUUAUUGUGGACAACUCAUAUACAUCGACACAAAUGAGCAAAUACAAAUGACUCAUCUUACAGCACGACAGUUUCUUCUCGAUAUCAACACAAAAUCAGAGUUCGCAGUCAAUGAGAAGGAUGGCCAUCGCCGAUUAUUGUUGACCAUCCUACACUUUUUCAAUAACGACAUGGUAAAAAGCACAAGACGUCGCAGAUCCAGCGGGAACAACACGUCUAAAGAAGGCCCCACUCUCAUGGUUUAUGCAUCAGAAUCUUUGUCUGAACACAUAGCUCACGUUUCCUCAAUGGAUCGAGAAGUUUUGCUCUGUCUAGCAAAAUUCUUCAAAUCCUCCAACGUUCUCCACUGGAUCAAGCACAUCGCACAGCAUUCUGACCAACAACGAUUAGUCGAAACAGGCAAGGCUCUUGGUACCUUCUUGCAGGAUAAUACAGAUCAGACAUUGACAAAUGCUAAGGAUAUAGAGUUACUGACUUGUUGGGGAACUGAUCUGGUUCGGCUCGUGAUGCAGUUUGGAAAGCCCCUUGAAGCAUAUCCCGACUCUAUAUUCAAUCUUAUCCCCCCAUUCUGCCCAUCUGAAACUGCUUUAAGAAAGCAAUUUGGAUCCUCAAUUCGAAACAUCAAUGUUCGAGGAUUACGAGCUGAAACGUGGGAUGAUUGUUUGGCUACCGUGGUCGAUGCCUCCGAGCAAUAUUCAAGUCUGGCGUGUACAAAUACCCAAUUUGCAGUUGGGUGUUUCAGCGGAAAGAUAUCUCUUUUCAAGCAAAUGACCUGUCAAAGAAUUACGCAACUACAACAUGACGAGCCUGUAAGGCUCUUGAUAUUUGGCGAGGUCAAGAACAUACUUGUUUCUGCAGGCUCGAAACGUAUCUGCAUUUGGGACCUCAAAACUAAAAGACUGCUUAGUGUUUUUCAAACCCCCCAACAAUGUAUGGCGAUAGCUCUGGAUGAUCAAGAUCGUUAUCUCUUAGCUGCGCUUAAAAACCACCGCUUGCUCAUCUGGGAUCUUGAAAACGAAGGUCCGCCAGAGGCUAUUGAUUGGACACAGGGCUUAGAAGCUAUGACAAUUCGACUAUACAGACGUCCCACCACUGCUGCUUUUGGCAUCGAUUCGAAUCUUCUAGCAGUUAUAUACAAAGGUCAGGACAUCUUGUUAUGGAGUCUUGCCAAUGACGAACUUGUAGCUUUAUAUAGUAGGGAGACUGGCAUCAGCGCUGAGAGUCUAGGAAAGCCUUAUGGCUCAUCUGGUGUGCGAUGUUUAGUAUUUGGAAACGGAUCUACCGCACAUUUACUUGCAUGCGCGUACACCGAUGGCGAGCUUGUAUUGUUUGAUACUUCUGUUAGCGAGAUAAAAAAACGGAUUGUGACAUUCGCACAUAUUCUUGCCUGUUCGGCAGAUGGCUAUAUGUUGGCUACAGCUGACCCAGCCGGAACUAUUCAGCUUUUCAAUCUAGAGACAUUGCAAUUAAUUUAUCGUAUCAAUUCGGUCGAGCCUGGAAUCCAGAGCCUCGCAUUUAGCAGGGAUAGUUUGCGUUUAUUAGACACCCGAGGAUCACGAUGUCGAGUCUGGGAUCUGAGUGAUCUAGUAACGGAGUAUCCUGCAUUACAAAAAGAGAAUGCAAGCUUGGCGAUGGACCCCGAAAUACCACAAUCUCUCAAUUUGGAACCUUUUGAAAAGUCAAUUACGGUUACAUCACUAGCUUGCGAUAACGACGGUGAGGCCUUUUUCGUAGGGAAGGAGGACGGUUCUGUCCAUGUUUAUUCAGUCGAAUCUGGCCAGUCGACCGGGGAGCUUUUUACUCAUGCUCGCGGGGUUUCAAUCGAAGUUCUCUAUUUCGAGGAUCAAAGCUUUACCCUCACAAGUAUCGAUUCAUCGAGCAGAAUCAUGAUACAUAAAUUGAUACGCGAGGAUCGCCUAAUAUUAGCUGGUGAGAAUAUUUUCGAUUACCGAGCGGACGUAGCGGUGAGUCAAUUAGUCUGCCAACCGGGACUCCAGCAUAUUCUCAUUUGUUCCACUCAAAUUGACAUGCUAUGGUCCAUCUCACCAGGCCACAACAAAUGCUUAACCACCAACCACUAUGAAGAUAGAGAGCCGCAUCGAUGGUCAAAUCAUCCCCAUAACCCUCACCAAAUUAUUCUUGUUAGCAGCCAUACGGCGCACAUUCAUGAUUGGGAGAUUCUGGAAAGACUUACUGAUGCUGAAGGGAUCGACUUGUACGACAAACUGAUACCCGGGCUGUCAAUUCAAUCAAUCACUCCCUGCUUUGACGGUACAGCACUUGCCACCACAUUCAUCGAGCCGAACCAAAGCAAUUCAAAGUCAAAGUUAGUGAUCUGGAGCACCUCUGACUUCACACCCAAGUCGAAAGUUGCAGUUCCAACCCCUUCCUACUGUGUAUUAAGCAAGAAUGUUGAAGUUCUGAUCGGUACAACUUGUGUAGGUGCAGAACAAUCAGAACGUCUGAUCUUCUUACAUGGCAGUCAGUGGGUAUGUGCUACCGACAAGAGUUCUGUAAAAACAAAUCGUUUUGCACGUCAUUUCUUCCUCCCGGCCGAUUGGCUAGAUACAACAAAAGACUCUUCUCUAACUAUGAAAGUAACCAAGAAAGGAGAUGUCUUACUUGUUAAAGAGGACGAGGUUGCGGUUGUAAGGAGAGGGUUACUUACUUCUGAAUUAAUGCCAGAGGGUAGCAUUCUUUUGGCACCAGCUGUAAAUUGA